UAUAUACUUCGCCCGGUGGCGGUUUUCGUCAGUCAGCGUCUAGCGACCCUCUUCUCCAGGUGUUUACCACCGCAUCCUCCACGCUAGCCAUGGGUCUUUUCAGCAGGGUACUGUUGGCGGCGGCCGCCGUCGUGGGUGCGGUCCAAGGCGGCUUCGCCCCCCUGGCGUACACGGCCUUCCCCGGCGCCGUGGCGGCCCCUGCGCCCCUGUUGGCGCGCGCCGCCCCCGUCCUGGCCCCCGCCCCCGUCCUCGCCAGGGUCAAGGCGGUCGACUACGCCGACGCCUACCCGCAGUACCAGUACGCCUACAACGUCCAGGACUCGCUGACGGGCGACUCGAAGGCGCAGGAGGAGACCCGGGAGGGCGACGUCGUCCGGGGAAGCUACUCUCUCAUCGAGCCCGACGGUGUCCGGCGCACCGUCAACUACUACGCCGACCCGCUCAACGGCUUCAACGCCGUCGUGCAGAGGGACCUGCCCGUGGCCGCCCCCGUGGUGGCACCCGCCUUCCUCAAGGCCGCGCCUGCCGUCGUCGUCUGAACAUCCCGACUGAACACCCGAAGCAACUGAAUACCUGCUCAACAUCUGGAUAUCCUGGUGUGGCGAUAUGAGCUUUGUACCUGUCUGAAAACGAUCCCGUGCUCAAAGUAUUAUUAAUUUAGUUGUAUAAAUAAAAAACCAAAACCUUCGGCCGCGUGUUGUGUUUUGAUAACAAUAAAGAAAUCACUUGAGAUACUCGUA